GCCGCCGUAGGCGGCACUGGUGGCGGCGGCAGUGGCGGCGGCGCCGCUGCGUCACCUCCAGCGGAGCUUCCCCGUGCCGCGGUGCUUGCGGCCCGCCGCGGGGACCUGCCGCUGGUGGUUGCGGCUCUGCUGCGGGACCAGCCGCUCACGGGGUCCAGCCUGCAGAGCCGCAUCGACGCCGCUUACCGCGCCGCGGCCGUCAAGCCGGAAGCGCGCGAGUAUGUGAAGAGGGUGAUCGACAACUGCUGUACAAUGGCGGCCAACCGCAUGCACUUGAAACCCGACGUGUUAGCUCGAGACGGGCCUCGAUUAGACGAGCUGACGUCGGGAGCCGGCAGCCCUACUGGUGCUGCGGGCACUGCUGCGGAUGGUGGCGGUCCGUACACCACCACAGCGCCUGCCAUCAACGGCGGUAACGGCAGCGGUAGCGGUGGUGGAGCCGCCGACCGGGGCCGAGGCCCCGCCGGGCGCAGCAGCGGCCCUCCGGGCUACGGAGGCUACGGCGGUUACGGCGGCAGCAAACGGAUGUCGAGCUGUUCUCCGGACCCCAGACUCUCUCCGGACCAGCAGGACGCAAGCCCGGGUGCGGCUACAGGCUUUGCUGGCGCGCGAAGUGCGGAUGAGGAUGGCGGCGGCGGCGGCGGUGGUGGUGCAAUGGAUGAGGAGGAGGAUGGCGGUGGCCAGGGCGGUACGGCACGUAACGGCCCUUCUGGCGGGUUUUCCAGACCCGGGCAGGGGCAGGGGCAGGCGGGCGGCGGAGGCGCGAAACGGCAGAAGACAGGGACACCGGGAUCAGGAGUUGGGGCGCAGCAGGCGGGGAAUAACGCAAUGCAGCAGCAACAGCAGUCUCAGCAGCAGCAGCCGCGACAGCAACAAAUAAUGACGAUGCGGCAAGGACAGGGGCAAGCGCUGGGUGGUGGUGGUGGUGGUGGUGGUGGCGGGGCGAGCGCAAGGCGAGGUGGCGGGGGCUUACAGGGCUACGAUGAUUUCGAUGACUUGGCUGAGCCCCUUCCCAAGUCGGCACCAGCGCCGACGCGGGAAGGCAGCGGCGGCAGACCCGCGGGUCAGUUGCAUGGCGGUCGCGCUGCCGCUGCAAAGGCCGCCGCCGCCGCUGCCGCCACGGCUGCUGCUGCUGCAGCGAACGCUCCUAACGCGCCUGCUGCCGCCGCCAGACGAGUGGCGUCCGGCGGACCGAAAGGGCUGCCCAUGCAUGUCUCGCCCGGGGGGCCGGCCGACUCGGGCUCCGCACCCUCACCCCCGCAACAGCCGCCACAAGCACCACCAGCACCGCCACCGCCAUCCCGACCACAAGCCUCGCAACCUCCACAGCAGCAGCAACCUCAGUCCCAACCUCGCGUACAAUCGCAACAGCAGCAGCAGCCCGGUCGCGUUCCUGCCGCUCCGAAACCGCGGCCCAUGCCGCCUGGAGCAACAAACAACGCUGGAGCCGCUAACGGCGGCGGCGGCGGAAGCACGGGCUCGCUUAGUCCUCGAAGAGGCGGUACGGCAGGCACCGCCGCCGCCGCCGCUGCCGCUGCUCGUACGGCGUCUGACUCGGAGGUGUUACCCGGCGGCGGCAACGCCAGUGAAAGCCAGAUGGACACAGACGGGGGCCGCGGUACCGUCACUACUACCGGCGGCGCCGCGUCACCUGAUUACGAAUCCGAUCACUUGGAUCCAGAAAUCCAGGCCUACGCGGAAGUCGACCUGCUGGAGGAAGACAAGGACGCAGAUUGGUACCGUACAUAUGUGGACUGGAAGCCCGAACCCCAUGCUGCCGUACAAUCGUACGAGCAGUACGAAGCGUACGAACGGGAGUACCGUACGAAGUUUGAGGUGUACCACCGGUUGAACCAAAAGUACAAUGAGGUGGUCCGUGAGGCGGACGCUCAGCGGGCUGCAGUGGAGGCGGCGCGGGGGACUGCGGAGCGGCACCAUUGCGUGCUGGCGUUGUGGCGGUUGGGGGCGACGAAGUGGCGCAUGUUGGAGGUAUGGAAGCAGGCCCGCCGCAACCUGCAUGCGGACCUAGGCGACCUCCGUAACCGGGUUGCCGAGUAUGUGGCGCGCCAGGCGGCGGCAGCAGCAGCUACCACCCAGUUGCGUUGACACUGCAGCAGCAGCGGCAACGGCCAGUGGGCCACGGGGGCACACGAUUACAGCGCGCACACAUACAGCUUUAACAGCCGCAGCAGCAUGCGCCACAGGAGCAGCAGCAGCUGUUGAGACGCAGCCGCAGCAGUAGGCACGCGCUCCCGCUGCUGCAGCAGCUGCAGCUGCUGCCCUUGUUGUGUCCUCUGAGCACUCCGUCGCGUCUCGUGUGCGCGUCCAUACCGGUAGGUCAUGUAGGUUGACGGUGUGAGGUGCUGGCAUUGGCAGCUGUGGUGGCGCUUACCGGUAUGGCGUCGGGGCAGGCUGUGCAGUUUUGAUGGAUCUGCCACUGCAGCCCUUUGUGUAUUUAUGGGCUGCGGUACGGAGGCGGGGGGUAUAGGAUCUUGAGAAGGGUGAAGCAAUGGCUGAUGGAAGUUAUGCCCUUAUGCGGUGAAGUGUUGUUAGUUAGAUAGGCACUUUAGGAGAGUAGGCGAAGACAGGGUUAAAUUUGGAAAAGUCGUUGUUAGUUUAGUUCGAUAGGUUCAACAUGGAAGUCAUAAACGCAGGUGCAUGUCGGGCCCUAUUGCAGGUGUUUGCAUGGCCCUUGAGGAUAUCACAGCCUUUAGCCUAGCCUAGCCGCAGCGCGCAGAGUAUGCUUGCUUUUGUGGCGACACCUGUGGUCAUGUGAAUGUAGCAUGCAGAUGGGUGAGGAAUGCACUGCUUGGUGGCCUUCUUUUCAGUGCUUCUUCCCUCGCGCAUUAUUAGCAGCAAACGCUUGUCCAGUAACAUGGGCAUUCGUAUGCCGCGGCGAACAACGCCUGGAGAAUAAACUUAAACGUGUUACACGCUUGGUAAUCUGGUAACUCACACUCUUCAA